AUGUUGUCGCGCGCUGCUUUGUCUAGAGCUGCUGCUCUGCUUGUUCGUGUGAAGCCUGCUGUUGGCUCGAGACCACUGGGUACGCUAUCUCGCCCUCGCUUUGCCGCUACACCUCUUCAGAUCAGAAGUGCCUCGCAUGUAAACAACUUCAAUCGAUGGCUGUCGACAAAGUCUGCCGCCGAUGAGGCUAUCGAGGAGAUUACUGAGUUAUAUGCUACUGCCAGAGACGAGUUCGAGAUCGCCAUGGAAGAGACCGAGAAGCAGACCGUCUACGCCGAAGCCGACCGCGAGGCAGCAAGAGAGGAAUUGACAAGAGUUCAAGAAGCAUACAAGACCAUCAUCGAGGGUCCCGACACAGAAUUGGCAGAGGAAGUCAAGAGAAGAAUCGGUCAGAGAAUCCGCGAAUUGGAGAAUGGUGUCCAAAAUAUGGAGGAAUUCGCAAUGAACCAAGAUUAG